AACCCUCAAAAAACGGGUUCAUUCAGUCGACAGCUGAACCAAGUCACAGUGCUUCUGAAGUCGGCAGCGUCUUUAACGAACGAAACUCUAAGGUUCCUGGUCGUAACGAAUUCGGACGAUGUGUUCGAACAAAUCAAGUCUAUCCCAUCCGCUUGGCCAGACAAAUACAGAUCCCGGCUUGAGUUCGAGUCCCGUUCUGUUUGGUAUCCUCCGGAUCGAGAGGACAUGAGAGGUCUCCUAAGACCUUGCUCCUCCGCCAGGCUUUUCCUGCCGGAGUCCUUGUGGGAUAUAGAUGCGGCUGUUCUGGUCGAUACGGACACGCUUUUCCUAAGGCCUCCCGAGGAGCUGUUGAGGGAGAUCUACAAAUUCAAUGAGUCACAAGCCGCUGGGUUGGCCCAGACUUCUGUUGGCUAUCAUCAUCGACGCAUCCCAUUCCCGAAGCCGAGGGGGGUUAAUACGGGGGUAAUGGUGAUGAACAUGACGAGACUGAGAGCCCUUCCCGCAGGUUGGACCGGAACUACCUUGCAGGCCUUCGACGACCAUAAACGCAAAUUAACUGUCACAGCGACCAACGAUAUUAUCAACAUAGCUCUUGGUCAGAAUAUCGAGAUAUACUACGAGUUAGAUUGCAGCUGGAACUAUGGUCCGGGCGCUUGUUUUAAAGGAUCCAACACUUGUCCGAAUUCUGAGUUAACCGGGGUUCAUCUUCUACACGGAACUUCUGCUGCGUUUGUCAACAACAAAAAUAUCAAAUUCCGAGCUGUCUUUGAAGCCUGGCUAAACUUCCAGCUAGGUUCACCCUUGACAGAAUUGCUGAAAGAUAUCAGAAGAAGAAUCCUGGCUGAUUCAUCGGCCAAGAUUAGAUGCAACAGAUUGACUUCGUUGGAAUUGAUGUUUACAAAAUCCUUAGAAAAACUUUGUGGGAAGUGAAUUUCCCAAACUGAGGAAUCGUGUAUCUGUCUUAUUUUCAAAAUAUAUUCGUUUGCUGUAGUCAUGAUUA